AUGGAAAGAUAUGAAGUAGGCUUUGUUUCUAAGAAACAAAGAGUAACCAAAUCUUCGUCGGCAAAAUAUGUCGAUAACGUUGUCUACAGAUUGUAUUUUAAGGGUUUGGUUAGCAAUGAUAUUGCAGCAGAUAUUACUGCGGAGCAUGAUGGGAAAAAGAUGGCGAUGGCUGGUUUUGGAGUUGCAAUUUGCAAUCCGAAAGAUGAGUUGUUGUUUGAGAUAAAAGAACCAAUGAACGACGCCAAGAUCAACAUCGAAAGAGUUGAGAUUAGGGUUUUGGUUCGUGGAUUAAGUGAAGCACUCGAUUUAGGGAUCAGAAAGCUUGUGAUUUAUUGUGAUGACUCUUCGAUUUACCAAAAUAUAAUGAUUGGUAAAUGUGAUCCUAAGAAGGAAAGAGUUGUCGAACAACUAUUGGAACAAGUCCAUCGCCUUCUAGAAAAAUUUGAUUCUAGUAGAGCUAUUCUAGUUUGUAGAAACAAUAUCAAGUUUGUUUUUAAUCUUGCAAGAGAGGCAAUUGUUUCUCAAACCAGCACCGCCUCGGAGGUUAAGGGAGAAGUUUGUGUCAUUUCUCUGGAAGAAACCACGGUAGAUCGCAUGUUCUUUGUCGGUAAAUGCCUUCACCGUUAUUGUUUUCCUUGUAUUAAUCAGUUUGUGGAAGUCAAACUGCAAAACGGAACUGUGCCCACAUGCCUUGAUAAUGAAUGCAAGUUAGAGCUGAGUCUUCAAUACUGUAGCAAGGUUUUGAAACCUAAGGUGAUUCAGAUGUGGAAACACAAGAUGAAAGAGGAUUCCAUUCCCGUAGCUGAGAGUAUCUAUUGCCCCUAUCUAAACUGCUCAAUGUUGAUGUCCAAAACCGCGGUUUCUCGAUCUGAUCAAUCGAACGAUGCAACAUGUAUCAAAUGUUCUGGACUCUUUUGCAUUGAUUGUAAAGUACCAUCGCAUUCUGAUUUGUCGUGUACUAAGUACCAAGAACUUCACCCUGGCACUCUAGUUGAUGAUGAGUUGAAGCUUAAGUCUCUAGCACAGAACCAAAAAUGGCGCCAAUGUGUCAAAUGUCGACAUUUAAUUGAGCUUAAUCAAGGCUGCAACCACAUGAUUUGCAGAUGUGGGUAUCAGUUUUGCUACAGAUGUGGAGUUGAAUGGAAGAAGAGUCAAGUGAUUUGUCCUACAGGUUGCUCACGUGCUGCCGAUGGUGAUUUUGAUUAUAAUGAUGGAGAUGAUCAUGAAGGUUGCUGGGAUGAUUUGUAUGCUGAUGGUGGUUUAUCCGAUGAUUCUCCCCCUGUCCCUGAUUACGUGGGUUAUUAUAGUCUUUAG